AUGGCGGAUGACCUGUUGUCCUCGGAAUUCGACCCAUUACUGUAUCUUCAAUCCGAACCUCCUGAUAUUGUACAAUUCGAUGCUGAGCCAGACCCAGAGUCCUUCGCCGACGACCUAGAGGCAUUGGAGGAACGACGUUUAGAAAUCGCAGAGCACAAUCGCCGCAAUCGAAUUGUCAUCCAAAGUCGUUCCUGGAAGUUGUCGGACGUGUUUCGAAGUGACGACGAUAUACGGCCUAUGACACCAACACGGCCGCGGAACCUUCCACGCAAAAGUAUUUUAUCCGAUAUAGUCCUACCCUCGAGUCCCCCAAUGGACACAAUGCCGUUCAUAUCCUCUGCGGUAUAUACAGCCAGCUCUCCACCAAUGGAGGCACGAAAAAGAAAAUCAGAAGUGCCAUCGCAAACUGACGACUCGAAGCGACAUAAAGUGGUUGGUGGUUUUGUUGAUGAUGACGAUGAUGACGACGACCGAUUGCUCUCUUUGCAAGACGCUCAUGGAGAAUAUAACCCAGAUGCAACGACGACGAUUGGCGGUUUUGUCGACGAGGACGAGGACGAAGACGCGCUAGCUGAAUUGCAGUCGAACUAUCCUAGCUAUUCUAUUCCACUCUCACAAAAUCUGGAGAACUCUUCAACAACAGAAGCACAAAAGCGAAUAAUCCCAGGGCCGUUCGUUGAAGAUGACGACGAUUAUGACGCGAUGGAUGCUUUGAGAGGUGCCCAGACUGAGAGUGAUAUUUCUCUUCUCCAGACGAUUGCUAAGCAGCCUACGACAGAGGCAACGCAAGUCGCGAAUAAACUACCGGAUUCGGGAAUAAUGAACGCACGUUUAGACCUUCCAAGGGGAGCUACUCGAAAACAGGAAACAGUCACUAUUAAAACUUGUGGAGGGAAAGUUCACAGAGUAGCUUCUCGAGAAGGAAGUACUGCCAUCUCGUAUGAGCGGAUGGUUGCAGGUCGUUCAGCUCCUGCUCCUGGGAAAGCUCAACGCAGUUAUUACGGAAUAGAGAUUCACAAGCUGCUGGACGAGACCGUGCAGGAGAGGAAAGACGCAGCCCAACGCGCCGAAGAGCGCCCCCAGGUUGAGCAAUCGAUUGAGGCUAGUGGCGUCAACCAAAGUGGAAAGAAUCCACUUUGGACUGAAAAGUACCGCGCUCGGAAAUUCACAGACCUAAUCGGAGAUGAGCGAACCCACAGGUCUGUUCUCCGAUGGCUAAAAGCCUGGGAACCUAUCGUAUUUCCAGGUCUUGCAAAACCAAAACAAUUGCAGAAGGGAAACGAUGAAGCCGAGCGCGCACAUCGAAAAAUCCUUAUGCUGACUGGGCCACCUGGUCUUGGUAAAACCACUUUGGCUCAUGUAUGUGCCCGACAGGCUGGGUAUGAGGUUCUUGAAAUCAAUGCAAGCGAUGAACGGAGCAGAGAUGUUGUCAAGGGCCGAAUCAGGGAUGCAGUGGGAACUGAAAAUGUAAAGAGUGUCGGAAUGGAGACUGAUCCCAACAAAGCUAGCAAAGCUGCUCGGCCUGUAUGUGUUGUGGUUGAUGAGGUUGAUGGUGUUGUUGGCGGAUCUGGAUCAGGUGGUGAGGGCGGGUUUGUCAAAGCUCUCAUCGACCUGAUUAUGACCGACCAGAAAAACACAGCUCGAGGCAAGCAGGAUUCGUCAUCAACGAAGAAAAAGAAAGGUGAUAACUUUCGACUUCUCCGGCCUAUUAUUUUGAUUUGCAACGAUGUAUACCAUCCUAGUUUACGGCCACUUCGUACUGCCAACAUCGCCGAGCUAAUCCAUGUCCGUCAUGUACCUUUGGAAAAUGUCAUCCAGCGGCUGAAAAUGAUCCUAGGGAGAGAAAAGAUAUCAUUUGAUAAUGAUGGUGUCAGGAGACUGUGUGAAGCGUCUUGGGGGAUAAGUGCUAAGAAGGAUCGCACUGAUGUUCACCGCGGCAUUGCUGAGGGUGACAUUCGAAGCGUCCUUGUUUCGGCAGAGUGGGUGGCACGCAAACUGCGUGCCAUGUCAACCACAACUCCUCGGUUGACAAGGAGUUGGUUAGAGGAAUUCAUCCUCAGGUCUCAAGAUGGCUCUUCCAAGGGCCUAGGUAGAGGUGGUGUUAGAGAGAUUGUUGACCGAGUUUUCUUGGAAGGUGCAGGGUUUCCAGCCCCGCCUGUUGGAGUUGACUCUUUCAAUGAUCCAUUUGAAAAGGAGAAGACUAAGACUCCAGUAGGAGUGGCAGAUCUGCGAAAGCGCCAUGCCAUUUCGAAACUGCGCGAAAUGGUUGAGACAAGUGGUGAUUAUGAUCGAUGUAUCACAGACUGCUUCGUGGCCUAUCCUUUGAAAAGUUUCCAAGACGAUACGCUCCUCUCGAAACCCAAUUCAGCCUAUGACUGGUUGCACUUUCAUGACAUGAUCUCUUCAAAAAUCUUUUCCAACCAAGAUUGGGAGUUGAAUCCAUAUCUGAGUCAACCAAUUGUUGCAUUUCAUUAUCUUUUUGCCAGUGCUAAAGGGUCCGCAGGUAACAGCAGAGCUGUUACUGAUAACGAACAAGAAGAGGAAGAACACCCAUUUUCCGGCCCAAGGGCGGAUUUUGCGGCCUUUGAAGCUCUCAAGCAAAACAGGUCAACCCUCAUCGGGUUCCAGUCAACGUUUUGCGCUUCUCUACUACGAUUGUUCCGCUCCUUGGACUCUGUGGCUACCGAUUUGGUUCCUAACUUGAUGCGCAUGUUGUCACCGGAUGUGAAGCCGGUAGUGGUACGAGGUAGCGAGCAAAAGAGCGUUGCAAGUGUCCGAAAAGCGAGCGAGAAAGCUCUGGUGCGUGCUGCAGUGAGGGUUAUGGCUGGGCUUGGCGUUACUUUUGAUAAAGUCCGCGUGGAGAAUGAGGGAACCCACGGAGGGUGGGUUUACAGACUAGAGCCGCCUAUUGAUACACUUGUCGGCUUUUCGAAGCUCAAAGAGACUACUCUUGACGCAGGCGGGUCAGUUCCCGUACGUUAUGCUAUUCGACAGGUACUCGAGCAGGAGUAUCAGAAGGAAACCAUGCGAAAGCAGUCCCUGUCGCAGUUGAAAUACGGUAGCUCAUCCGGAAAAUCAGGAGAGCUGAAUGGCGACGAUGACAAGGAGAAUGCUCAAAAGAAAGCCAAACGGGAUGCGUUUGGCGUUAAGAGAGAUUUCUUUGGCCGAAUCAUCAACGAAUCUCUCCCUAUGUCAAAUAAAGAUGGCAUCGAUCAAUCUUCUCACAACCGCAAGCCCAGUGGGGAGGAACAGGAGCACAAAGUGUGGGUGACUUUUCACGAGGGAUUCUCGAAUGCAGUUCGGAAGCCAAUUUCUCUGGGCGAACUGCUAGCCGAGUUGUAG